CACUUUCUGCCACUUACACAUUUAUGACCUCUCCCUUUAUUAUUAUUAUUACUCUUCCUCCAAAUAAAAUAAAAAAAAGAAAAGAAAAGAAAAGAAGAGAGAACUUCUCUUCUACUCUUGUAGCUGUGCCUGCAAAUUGCUUUUUUCUUUGUGUGUUCUGUUCUGAGUUCUGACAUCAGUCUUUAAUGGAGGCCAAGGUUGAUUUUGAGGUGGACAAUUUGACCACAGCUACAGGGAGCAGUAGUUUCUCUCAACUACUCUUCGGAGAUGACGAUGAUCAUCAUCAACAUGCAUUGGGUUUUGCUGCCACUGUGGACCAUCUCCCUCUUUUCUCCAUUGACAAGCCACCCAAAAUGCUCUCUUUUGGAGACUUUCACCAUCUACAAGAACAACAACAACAACCUCACCUCUUGCUCCCUGAAACCAACGCUACCCCUCAGAAAUCUGUAAUCACUUCAAGUGAUUCUUCUUCUGCUUCUUCAUGCAACCACACCACCACCGCCAUUAACUCCAUGUCCAAGACCAAUAGCUUGCAGAAAAAGCGAAAUUGGCCGGGGCUACAACCCAUUGUGAAGGUGCCUAAUAGUAACAAUAAGAAGAACAAAACAGAGAAUCCUCCGAGUUCAACUUCAAGCGGUCAUGCAAAGAAGAAGGAGAAACUCGGGGAACGAAUUGCAGCAUUACAACAGCUAGUUUCUCCCUUUGGGAAGACAGAUACAGCUUCGGUGCUUCACGAGGCAAUGGGCUACAUAAGAUUUCUCCAUGACCAAGUUCAAGUGCUAUGCUCCCCUUACUUGCAGCGCUUGCCUUCUUCUUCUUCUUCUCCUUCUUCAUUUCAACAUCAAUGUGGGGAGGAGGAGGGAGUGAAAGAAGACAAGAGGGACUUGAAGAGCAUGGGACUCUGCCUCAUCCCCCUCCAAUCCACCCUACACGUGUCAAGUACCAACGGUGCUGAUUUCUGGUCACCUGCUGGUGCAGCCAACAAUGUUACACCUUAUGCCAAAUAGACCAUACAAUUAUUAUUAUUCAAUUACACUCAUUUCCUUUUUGUUAUAUGCAAAAGAAUGAGUUAGUUGUAGAAAGUAUAUUAAUUUUCUCAUAUAUGAAUUUAUUAUGAAUGAAUAUAUAGUUUACAAAUUUUGUAUGUUUUGGGGAAUGGGUGUGACAAAAUUGGAGAUGGAAGGAUUAGAGGGUAAAGUGUAGGAAAUGGGAAAGUGGAUAUAACUAUUAACAGGAAUAGUUCAAAGUGUACACAUGGGGGUACAAAUUGAAAGGUCAAGAUUUUAUCCUAAAUUAUGUAUCAUCUAUUUUGUGGAGGGGCCCUUUUCUCAGAGGAAGGAUUUAGGGAUAUGUGUGGCCUCAACUAGGAUUCUAGGAUGCCAUAUAUUUUUAAUCUAUGUUUUUGUCCCUUGUAAAUCUCGGUAGAUUCAGAUACUA